GGACCUGUUUAUCCUUGUUCUAUCCCUCCAAUUCUCUGCAUCGCUAUUUGGCUCUCCCGAUUCUGUGCCCUAAAGCUGCAAUAUGAGAUAUUCAUGGCGUCUGCUUCGUUUGCGAGCUCAUUUUCGGUGUCAGCUCCUCCUUUCAUCCAACUCCUCGCAUUUUCAGGUUCUUUCCAAUCCGAAUCUGCAAUCACUUCGCUAUUUUUCUUCAUUGCUUCGUAAGUAUCCUGUUCACGACACGAGUAUCGUUAAUUCUAGAUACAGCACGCCUCGAAUGCUCUCGUCCGAACCGGAGAUUGGACAGAAGGACUCUGCUCACGCUGUUGUGUUUGAUAUUUUCUCUAAAUGUCGGGAUGUGGAUGAAAUUAGGAAAGGCUUAGAGUCGAGUGGUGUUGUUAUUAGUCAUGAUUUGGUGUUGGAGGUGUUGGGGAAGCUUGAGUCGAACCCUGAUGAGGCUAUCAGGUUUUUCGGUUGGGUUUCGGGGGAUUAUGGCGAGAAACUUAGCUCCAAGUCGUAUAACUUGAUGCUUGGAAUCCUAGGAGUUAAUGGUCGUGUUGAGGAGUUUUGGGAUUUGAACUGUGAUAUGAAGAAAAAGGGUUAUGGGAUAUCUAAAAGUGUACAGAAUAAGGUAUUGGAGAAGUUUGAGAAGGAUGGAUUGGAGAGUGAAGCUGAGAAAUUGAGAGACGUCUUUGCAUCAGGAUCUAUUGACAAGUCUCCCGAGAAGAUUGGUUCAAUCGUUUGCAAACUUGUUAGGAAGAAUGUGUGGGGAGAUGAUGUUGAACAGCAAUUGCGUGAUAUGAACAUUUCAUUGUCAAGUGAUAUGGUUAAGAUGAUAUUGGAGAAUCUUUGUACAGAACCAGCAAAAGCAUUUAUAUUUUUCCGGUGGAUUGGUGAGAGUGGGAUGUUUAAGCACGAUGAACAGACUUAUAAUGCCAUGGCAAGGGUGUUAGGUAGGGAAGAUAGUAUCGAUAGAUUUUGGAAAGUAGUUGAUGAAAUGAGGAGCCAUGGUUACGAAAUGGAGGUGGAGACAUUUUCUGAGGUGUUGAGACGAUUUUGUAAAAGAAAAAUGAUCGAGGAAGCUGUAAACUUGUAUGUGUUUGCAAUGGCAGGAGGCAAUAAGCCUUCGGUUGAUUGUCUUACUUUUCUGUUAAAGAAAAUAGCAGUUAGUAAGCACUUAGAUCUUAGUCUGUUCUCAAGGGCGUUGAAGAUAUUUACAGAGACAGGCAAUGCAUUGACGGAUUCAAUGGUUUUUGCAGUUCUCAAGUCUCUGUCUACUGUUGGUAGGAUUGGAGAGUACAACGAGGUUUUAAAUGCAAUGAAGGAGUAUGGAUACGUAUUUAGUGGUGGGUUGAAGAGAAAGGUAGCAUAUCAACUUAGUAGUACUGGAAAAAGUGAUGAAGCAAAUGAUUUCGUGAAUAGCUUAGAAGCUUCUGGCUGUAAUUCAGACAACAAGACCUGGGCAGCUUUGAUAGAAGGUUAUUGUGUUGCUGGAGAUCUUGCUAAAGCUUCUGAUUGCAUCCACAAAAUGGUUGAAAAAGGUGUGGACUGUUGUGCUGGAUAUACUUUGGAUUUAGUGGUCAAUGCUUACUGUCAAAAGAAACGCGAAACUGAUGCUAGCCGUCUUUUCUGUGAUCUCGUUGAUGAAAAGCAGCUAAAACCAUGGCAUUCUACAUAUAAAGCAUUGAUAAACAAGCUAUUGGUUCGAGGGGAAUUCAGAGAAGCUUUGAAAUUGUUGGGGAUGAUGAGAAAUCAUGAAUUUCCACCAUUUAUUGACCCAUUUAUUUUGUAUGUAUCAAAGUCUGGAACAGCUGAUGAUGCCAUCGGCUUCCUGAAGGCCAUGACAUCGAAGAGUUUUCCUUCUACGACAGUGUUCCUCCAUUUGUUUGAAGCAUUUUUCCAAGCUGGAAGGCACGGAGAUGCUCAAGACUUCCUUUCAAAAUGUCCAGGUUACAUUCGUAACCAUGCUGAUGUUCUGGAGCUUUUUAAUUCUAUGAAGCAUGUAGAAGCUGCUGCUCCUCCCCCAAAUCUGGCUUCUUAGGCUUGCAUAUAAUUUCUCUACAAUGUAGUUUAUGAGGUUUCAUGUGGAGUUUAAUCAAUUUAAAGGUUUUGUUUCAAAUA